AUGUGGAAAAUGUGGUCUCAGCUACGAAAAAAGUGCCCAACUCAAGGUGCAGAAAGUGGAACCAGUGGAACCAGUGGAAGCACUGGUAACAAGUGUGCAGAAAUAAACAAGUACAGGAUCGGAAAGCCAAGCCUUCACUUUGGAAGCAGCCUGGACGCCGGAUGCCACAGGCCAAGACAAGCCCGAACAAGGUACACACAGUUGAAGAGACAAAUUCACUCUUAUGAGUUGUUUUUUGAGACAAUUCAGAUUGACAGUUCCAAUGUUACUCCAGUAAAAGAUGAUGCUUUUGCAAAGCUCCAAGUAAAAUUGCCUAAUGUUAAUAAUCCUAACCCUGUGCUCAAAGUGAAAGUAGAUACUGGCGCCCAAGAAAAUAUUCUGCCUUUGCGAAUUUGUCGGAACAUGUUUCUACACCAUGUAGAUGAAAAUGGCCUUCCCACGUCGGACCAAACUGACUGCAUACAGUGGCACCCAAAUACCCCAGCAUGGAGUAUGUUCUAUCAAGUGCUCUUAUGGUGACAAAGCAACUGUUGCAGAGUUUUAUGCUGCUGCUGUCGCUGGCUCCGCCAUUUGUGGCCUACUCACUUGUUGCCAACUUCAGUUGGUGGAGUUACACUGUGCAGUAGGCAAAUGUUCUAGCAAAGUGCCUCUCCCAGCAGUUAAGGAGAAAGGUGACCUCCAAGCUUUGUACCCUGACCGUUUUGAUGGCAUUGGCAAAUUUGAAGGGGAAUACCACAUUAUCACUGACCCUAAUGUACUACCGUAG